AUGAGCACAAAUCCGACGUAUUUCUCCAACCACUCGCAACGACAACCUGCCCACAACGCAUCUGGAGCAACGACGCAAACGGCGCGUGGGCAGCAGACACAACAGCCGAUGUCCAAGUCGUCACAUUUCUCAAACAAGGUGCUCCAAUCGUCCAGUGCGACGAAUGGUGAUCAGAUAAUUCAUCCGCUCCGACAUACGUACGCCGCUCCCCUUCCAAUACCCGUCGUUUACAAUCUAAUCUCACUCUUUGGUAUUUGGGUUGUAUGGUUCCAACAUCGCGCCCCGGGAAGCAAGACGUCCAAUUAUGAAUCUGGAAUCAAGCGUGUGGCAUCCUUUUCAUCCCUCGAGACCUUUUGGUCGUUGUAUACGCAUCUCAACCCACCAUCCCUCCUCACGCCUACGACGGACUAUCUGCUCUUCCACAGCGCAGUCAAGCGGCCAGUAUGGGAAGACCCAGUGAAUGAGCGUGGUGGAAAGUGGAUCGUUAGGCUCAGAAAGGGUGUAGCGGAUCGCGUGUGGGAGGAGAUUGUGCUCGCCGUCAUUGGCGAGCAGUUUGUUCCGGACAGGUCAGAGGAAGAGCCUUGGCUUGCCGAUGAGAUUUGUGGGUGUACCAUCAGUGUUCGGAGUAAUGAGGAUAUCCUUGCGAUAUGGCACAAGUCGGGCGCAGACGAGGCCGUUCGUGCCCGGAUUCGGGAUACAAUUCGAAAAGUACUUCAGUUGGGACCAGCGACGAUACUAGAGUAUAAAUCUAAUAAUGAUUCGAUGCAGGACAAGAGUAGCUUCCGCACAACCUCUAAUGUAGACCGUUCGCAUGCAAUGGAGAGGGCUUAA